GUCGGUAGUGCUCUAGUUCGUGCUAUUGCAGUUUUUAUAACUAUUUCUGGUUUUUAUCCACUAAAAAUAGUGCUUUGAUUUUCGAAAGCAACAAUGGAUUCCGAUCAGGAGGAUGAGGUUCCGAACGUUAAUUUUGUUCCCAGUUUGCUGUUUAUCCGACGCGGGGUGGCCAAGGCGAAUCCGGAUAAGGUUACACUAACCCCAGCCGAGCUGGCCAAGAUUAUCAACGAUACCCGGGAUGAUUUGGAAGAAGACGGUGCCGAAGGCAUGGAUGAUUCAGAUGACGAAGAGAAUGACGAUACUCCUGCUAGGCUGGCUAGUCAGGCAGCCGGUGCUUCAAGUAGUGGCGCUGGGGCUACGCCAGGAGACGAGUUCGGUUUCGAACGAUACGAACAAGAAUCUGGAGAACCCGUAGUACGACUCGGCUCGGUGGCUGUUGUAGACCCGGCGGAAAACAUCGUCGACGAGGACGAUUCAGAGGCGGAAGAUGAGAUCAUAAAACCUACAGAUAACUUGAUUCUGGUUGGACACGUUCAAAACGAAAGUGCAACGAUGGAAGUUUACAUUUUUAACGACGAAGAAGGAAGCUUAUACGUGCACCACGAUUUCCUACUGCCUAGCCCGCCGCUUUGUAUCGAAUGGCUCAGCUUCGAUCCCGGCAGCGAUAAAUCGGGCAACAUUUGUGCCAUAGGAUGCAUGGACCCAGUUAUAACGCUGUGGGACUUGGAUAUUCAGGAUUCACUCGAGCCGGUGUUUAAGCUUGGUUCGAAAGGAAGCCGAAAAAAGAACAAGCCUAAAUUAGGGCACACAGAUGCUGUACUGGAUUUGUCCUGGAAUCGUCAUUUGGAACAUAUUCUCGCCAGUGGAUCGGUCGACCAAUCAGUCAUUUUGUGGGAUAUUGAAAAUGGAAGUCCGCAUACCAUCAUUCGUGAGUUUGACGAAAAAGUUCAAACGCUGCAGUUUCAUCCGGCGAAAGCGGAAUCCCUGCUGGUUGGCAGUUGCGACGGACGGGUUAAGGUGUUCGAUUGCCGCUCAACCACCAACGAAAGCAGCAGUCAUAAAACUUGGGAUCUGGGCGGUGAAAUUGAACGGGUCUGCUGGAGUCACCACAAUGAGCAUCACUUUGUCGCCAGUACCAACGAAGGGCGGGUGCACUACGUUGACGUGCGCGCCAAACACCCGCUGUGGUCGAAGGAGAUGCAUGAAAAGGAGAUCACCGGUUUGGUGCUUAGUACGUCGGUCAAAGGUAUGCUUUCGACAGCUUCAGCGGACGGAAAGCUUAAGGUAUGGGACUUCGACGAUCAGGAUGCGCGAUUGGUGUACAAGAAGGAUCCUAAAACGGGAGUGAUUCAAUGCUUGGAUGCUUGUCCAGAAAAUCCAUUCAUGCUGGCACUGGGUGGCGAUCUGAGGUCGAAAAAUUUCUGUGUGAUCAAUCUGUUGGAUAAUGAUGUUGUUUCGAACGUGUUCAAGACACGUUUUGAACCGAAUCGCGCUUCGACAGCCAACGAAGGGGAUCUGGAUAUGGCUACAGAAGCAAUGGAAGAUGCUUCGAUCGGCGAUGACACUGAUGACGAUGAUUGAUAGCAAGUUUAUCAAUAAUAACAUACU